UGUCAAUAGAAGGAAAAGCAAGAGACAACAGAUCAGUCCGCGACAAGACUGCGUCUAUAAGAAGGGAAGUGCCUCCCGGAUUGUUCUUCUCAUCUCCAGACACUCAUCAUCCACACAGUUUUCUACCACUCUCAAUUUAAUAACUUCAUCCAUCCCUUCAAUUUAUCCUUCAACUAUAUCUUCCAAAAUGGCCGCUUCACAGAACGGAGGUCUUGUCCAUCAACAGCUCAUCCCUGCGGACAGCAUCACUGCCUCCUACGACAACGAGGCCAAGCUUCUGAUUCUCAAGGCAUCUGGCACCCAUGUCGAUCUUACUAGAGACAUCGAAUUCCGUCGUCUUCCUUUUGAUGGUGGUCUUCUCUUCGAGCUGAUCGGCUGGGUAGGCCCAGUCGUUCAUGGAGAGUCACCCUAUGAGAUUACGGACAGCUUCAACAUCGAUCUUCCCAGCAUCGUUUUCCCAUCCAACACUGUUGUUGUCAACACGGAGAACAAGCAGCAUUGGGUUGUCCCUAUUCAGUACAACAAGACAACUGGACAGGCUGCCACCAAUGGUAAGGCUGAGGUUGAGCUGCCUGAGGUCGAGCAGGUCUCUGGAGACCAGAAGAUUGUUGUUCUUGCUGAUGAGCCCUUCACCAUCCAGCAGAGUGACUCUUUCACGGGAAAGGGUGGCUCAGCCAGCAUUGACUUCGAUAAGAGCUUCCUCACUUUGACUGAUGCUCGUAUUGAAGGUGGCAAGAUCGUGUGGACUUUCACUGCUCAGCAGACUGGAACUACCGAAGUCUUUGUCUAUGUGGGCCAGACCCAGCCUCCAUUCUUGUAUCGCAUUCCCUACGUCGUGGAGAGUGUCGUCCUUGAUGACAAGUCUGUCCCAACCCAGACUACAGCCUCUUUCAGUGUGAACAACAACGGGCAAGGCAGUAGUGGAACAUACGGCGCUGCGUCCAACGGACGUAAGAACGGCAACCAGAAAGUCGGCCUCCCUCUGUCUUGGGAUGGGUUCAUCAACGUUGGUCUCAGCCUCAUUAAGAAGCAGUAUCCCCAUGCCAACCUUCUCGAAGUGGACGCUACUCCCUUGACUCGCAAGCCUGUCCAGAAUGAGUGGGGUCUUGUCAACAACCGUAUUGUCUGUGGUCUCAGCGGCAACAAGACCGCUAUCAUUCAGUCCACUGGAUGGGGCGAGUUCGGAAAGGUCCAGACCAUCAACUCUCCCUUCUUGGGUGAUCAGGUCAUCCCCUGGCCUGUCACUCUCGAUAUCCAUGAUGCGUUCACUAUCCUCCGAAAGGCAGGAUACAAGCAGGCCAUUUAUGCCGUUACUCUGCGCCAGCCUCUCUAUCCUGGAGAUGAUCAGCCCUUCUACAUCUUCAACACUGGCACUGAGUUUAUUGCCGUCGGAACAAAGGACAAGAAGAUCCACAACUUUGGUGUCUCCGAGUACAAUGUUCAGAAAGCUUAGGUUUCCCAACGGUUUCUCCUAUACCACAGACAGUAUUUCU